CACUCUUUUCCAUUCUACCCGUUUGCCGCCAGCUGGGUGGCGUCAAUUGUGGCAAUGGAUUACAACCAUGAGAUGAUCGAGGAGAACCAGACCCGAAUUGGACCGGGUGUCGGCAUUCUCGGCAUCGGCGACAACCACGUCGACUUCUCCAUCGACUCGGUCGACCUCUCCUUCGCCAACUCGCUCCGUCGCGUCAUCCAGGCCGAAGUCCCGACCGUCGCAAUCGACCUGGUCGAGGUCGAGGUCAACACCUCCGUGCUCGCCGACGAGUUCAUCUCCCACCGCCUCGGCCUGAUCCCGCUCGACUCGAGAGAGAUCGACCAGCUCAACUACUCGCGCGACUGCGACUGCGACCAGCACUGCGGCCGGUGUAGCGUCACCCUCACGCUCCACGCCAAGUGCACCUCGGACGAGGUCAUGAAGGUCUACGCGCGCGACCUCGUCGUCGGCAUCGACCGCCCCAACAACCACGUCGGCAACCCCGUCAUCACGGACCCCGACGGCCUCGGCUCGCUGAUCUGCAAGCUGCGCAAGGACCAGGAGCUGAAGCUCACCUGCAUCGCGAAGAAGGGCAUCGCCAAAGAACACGCCAAGUGGUCUCCCACCUCGGCCGUCGGCUUCGAGUACGACCCCAAUAACUACCUGCACCACCUGGACAUGUGGUACGAGCAGGAUCCCGAGAAGGAAUGGCCCAAGUCGAAAUACGCAGACUGGGAGUCGGCGCCGAAGAACGCCGAGUUCGACUACACGGCGGUGCCGCAGAAGUUCUACUUCGAGGUGGAGAGCAUCGGCAACAUCGAGCCGGACGCGAUCAUCCUCGAGGGCGUCAAGGAGCUGCAGCGCAAGCUGGCGGGGCUGAUCCACGGGCUCGGCGAGAGCGACGGCGGCAUGGGCGGUAGCGGCGGCGGCGGCGGCGGCGACUACGACGGCCCCCGCAGCCCCGACGCCAUGGACGGCCCCGGAGGCCCCGGCGGCCCCGGCCCCGGCGGCUGGCAGGACCCCGGAUACACUACCCCCUACGGCAACACCGGCGGCGCUAGCGCCUGGGGCGGCGGCGCCACGACCGCCUACGGCACCACUCCCUACGGCAACUCGGGAUCGAGCAGCUGGCACUAGCGCCACAGGCCGAGCCCGUCGGCUUGUGCCAGGCAUGCGAGCGAUCGGACCUCGUCUGUCUGCGGAGGCGGAGGCGGCAGGCUUUUUUUUUUGUUGGGGUUUUUUUGUGUAGGCCCACGCGCGUAAGCCUGCCCCUGUACUACUAUACGAGAACACUGCCCGCAAAAAAAACAACAACACAGCAUGGAACCAAUGGUUGGGUUCCCUCUGGGGUAAUAUGUCACGCAUGGCUGCUAGGAGUUACGGGGCGUACUUGUUAGCAUAGAUGAUUUGGACGACAAUGCAUACACAAUAUGGGUGGUUCUAGACAGCCGCGCGCGACUUCGGCCCGGAUGCACACACGCACGUCGAU